AUGCAAAAUCUUUAUGAUCCGAUUUCUAUUGAUUCUGAUUUGCUGGAAGCCUUACUCACUAUGUGGAAGAAUGACAUUCCAUCAAAAGUGGGAGUUUUUGGCUGGCGUUUAUUACUAGACAAGUUGCCUACUCGGGCAGCUCUCGCUUCCAAAGGUAUUUUAUCUAACCCUCAUGAUUUACCUUGUGUUUUCUGCUUUCAAGCAGUCGAGACUAGUCAUCAUCUUUUAUUUAGUUGCGGCAAGGCUAUUGAGUUAUGGAAGCAAGUUUUUACAUGGAUGGGUGUUGAAGCAUCCUUUCAGGUUGGAGGUAGGCAUCACUUUACGUUAUUUGGGUCUCUUGUCAAAUCCAAGAAAGGUUGGAAAGUGAAACAUUUAAUUUGGUUGGCGACAACUUGGUGCUUAUGGCGUUUGAGAAAUAACAUUGUAUUUAGAGGUGACUUUGCUGAUUUUUCUGGUUUGCUUGAUCAAAUUAAAUUUGUCUCUUGGCUUUGGUUUAGUGGUAGAGCAGGGCGCAAAUCAGGUUAUUUGUAUCACAAUUGGGUGUAUGAACCCUCUUUGCUGUUUACAAAGCAUUUGAGGUUUUCAAUAUCUCUCUUUAUAUUAUAA